ACACAACAUCAUCCCUCACUUCAACCUACACCUGACAUUUAUAACACAUACCCAGAACAAAAGGGGUCGACACAAUGUCUGACGACGAAGACUAUUACGACGAAUACGACGAGGAUAUCUUCUGGGUUGAGGAACCCGAUCCCACCAUUGCUGACGACCUAGCCGCAACCUCCACCAACGACGCCAUCUUCUACGACCACCCCGCCCUCGAAGUCGAAGACUACUUCUCCGACUGGGACGACCUGUCGGACGACUACUACGACGAGGAUCCGACCGCCGUGCGGCGCGCGCGCGCCUUGGGCCUGCUCCCUCCCGGCGACGGCGGCCGCGGCCCUCAUGACCAGCCGCACAGCCAGCACGGCCACCAUCACACCAACCACCAUGCUGCUGCUGCCAAACACCAACACCCGCGUAAACCCAAACCGACCGCCAAACGAACUCCGUUCUUCGAUCUCGGGGCGUUUCAGGCCGUCGUCUGGAAAUCCCCCCACCAGGAGAAGGAACAUCAAUCCGUGGUCGCGUUGCAUGAGCCCGGCGAGGGGGAGAAGGUCGCGCUGCUGAAGAAUUGGCGCGAGGUGUUUCGCAGUGCGAAUCCGAGGAUGACGGCUGCCGUUGGUGUUGUGGCGGGGAGUGCGAGGAAGGCUGCGCCGCUCUCGUCUUCGUCGUCGUCGUCGCCGCCGCCGCAGCAGCAGCAGGGGUUGUGUUUGAGGGGGAAUAGUGCGGGGGUGGAGGAGAGGGGUAAUGCGGAGGGGAGGAGAGUGGAUAGUGUUGUUGAUUCUACGGUGAAGGAGCGGGGUUAGUGAUUGAUGGAGGUGAGGUUGAGAAUGGGGGUUCGUUUGAGGGAGGGGAUGAGGCUGAUGCUGAUCCUGUCGCUGCCACCAACGGGGUGGCGGUGAAUGGGGAGACGGCACAUGGGUCCUCGCUCGAUGAGUCGGUUGAGAAACCGCCAGCGCCCCGAUCCAGGAAGCGCAAGGCCGAUGAUGCGGUCGACAACAUCCCGGAAACUGCAGCAAAGACCCGAGCCAAGAGGGUCGCAUCCUCCACGAAAGCCGGAAAGGCCAACAGCAGUAAAGAUGUCCCCGUCCCUGCUGCCGCCGCCGCCGCCGCCGCCGCCGCCGCCGCUGCACCGUCGGCCCCUGUGCGCA